AUGGCACAGGGCAAAAACAAGCAGGCUUCACGUGCUCGUAAAGGAGGAAAGAAACGCGUCGGAGAUCCUUUCUCAAAAAAAGAAGUCUUCGAAGUUAAAGCUCCUUCAACCUUCACAGUCAGAAACGUUGGCAAGACUUUUGUAAACAAAACCUCAGGCACCAAAAUUGCAAGUGACGCUCUUAAAGGAAGAGUUUUCGAAGCCAACCUCGCAGACCUCCAGAAUUCUGAUGAACUCGCCUACAGAAAAGUCAAGCUUAUUGUUGAUGAAGUCCAAGGAAAGCAAUGCCUUACAAACUUCUAUGGCCUUGAUUUCACCAGAGACAUGCUUUGCUCUCUGCUGAGAAAGUGGCAGACACUCAUUGAAGCCCACAUUGAUGUUGAGACCAAGGAUAACUUCAAAGUCAGGAUGUUCUGCAUUGGCUUUACAGCUAAAAGAGCUAACCAAGUUAAGAAGACCUGCUAUGCCAAGACCUCACAAAUUAAACAAAUCAGAAAGACUAUGAUGAACAUCUUACUCUCUUUGCUAGAGAGCAAAACUAUCGAAAAAUCACAUUUUUGAAAAUUAGCCUUUCAUAAUUUUUAAAAUAUCAAUUUAUUUUUAAAUACAAUUAAUGAUUUUAAUAAUUAUAAUUCUGAUAAAUGCUAACAGCUUUCAUUCUAAACUUAAAUUUAAUAGUUUUUAUGAAAUUUAAGGGAAAAAAAUUUAAUUGAUUCUCAAAAUAAAUUAAAUCUCUCAUUUAGCACUCAAAAACUAUCAUGAUUGAUUGUGGAGUGGAGUUAGCAAACGAAGCUCAGUCAAACGACCUAAAAGGUCUUGUGAAGGUUUUGAUUGGAACUGAUAUCAACAAGAGGAUUGUGAAGGAGUGCGCAAUCAUUUUCCCACUACAGAAUGUCUAUGUCAGGAAAGUCAAGGUUAUCAAGAGACCAAAGAUCGAUGUGGCUAAACUUAUGGAGCUUUACAAAGAUGCACCAGAAAUCUCCACUCAAGCUAAGCCAGAAGAGGAAGGAGCCAAAAACGCCCUUACAGCAGAAAUAGCUAAAUAA